AUGGAUUCAUCAGAUUUAUCAGAUUUUAGUUCAAUUUUACAUGCCGCUGAACAAUUAGUUGGUGGCACAGGAGAAUCGAGACAUUUACCUCGGGUCGAAAGAUCUUUAGGACAAGUCUUGGAGGCUUCGCAAGAAUUGCAUUCUAGACUUGCUCAGGAAGGCACACAAGAUGUCCAAGCACAUCUGUUGCUUGGAUCAAAGGGUGUCGAUUUAACAGAAAUUUCACAAAAGUUACAUUCAUUGAGUUCGCAACGAACACUAGAACCUUUAGACCCAGUAGCCGACACAGACAUUCAAAGUUUCUUAAGAAAUGAAAAAGAAAAUGCUAUAUUGUCUGUUAUUGAAGAAGUUCACAAAAACUCAUUCAAAGAUGUUGAAAAAAGUCGCUGGGAUCAUGUACUGAGUGAAUGGCGUCAGGAAAAAUGUAAACUAAUGGGAGCCUUAAUAGGUCCUUCACAAAAUUGGCUGGAUUUAAAUAAGAGCGUAGCCAGACACACAAUCGUUCCAGACACCGCACCAACAUCUGGUCAACCGAGUAAUUUGGAUAAUAAAGAAAUGGCUUAUGCGAAAGAGAUUACUGAUUACAAUAAAUUAGUUGUGCAAGGUGCUAUGAGACCACAUUUGGUACAAAAAUUUGCAAAUUUAGCCAACAAAUUUUCAGAUACUCGAGUUGCUAACUUAUGGCAUAUAUUACGAUAUAUCACAGAAUUUUCACCACUGCCUCACACUGAGGAUCCUAUUAAAUCUCGAGUGGAUUAUGAAAAUGCUAUUGUGAAACAGGCUAAAAAAUAUUUAGAAGAUAGAUAUGUAAAUUACAUGAACUCCUGUGUCUCCCAAAAUUUAGCUCUGGCACAAAGAGGCGGCGAGCCAGGAACUUAUUCCUUGGUUAGAGCUUUUGUUAGUCUACGAAUGCAAUCAGAAGCUGGUAAUAUGCAAGGAUUACAAGACGGUGAUGUGAACGGCAGGCCUUUGUGGCCUAUGGUUUAUUAUUGCUUGCGUGCUGGAGAUCUUCAAGCUGCACAACAAUGCAUGCAGAACUCAGGCUCUGGUAAUGAAGACUUCAUACAAGUACUGGCUGAACGUAUAAGGAAACCUGAUCAAAGAGUGAGCAGUGCAUUAGAAAAUGCUUUGAGACUUCAUUACAGAAGACAUAUAAGAAAUGCUUCGGAUCCAUAUAAGAGAGCUGCUUAUUGUAUUGUCGGAGGCUGCGAUGUAGUGGAAGAGCAUUCACAAGUUUCAAGAACAGCAGAUGACUUCCUAUGGUUAAAAUUAUCUUUCAUCAACUUAAGCGACGGUCAAGGCGGAUGCAUAUCGUUUUCCGAUUUACAAAAGACAAUCUUAGAAGACUUUGGAGAAACAUACUACAAUGCCGCUGAACAUCCUUUUCUUUAUGCUCAAGUGUUAUUGCUUUCCGGACAAUUGGAAGCUGCCAUUGAAUUUUUGAGCCGAUCAAACAGACUACGCACUCAUGCUGUUCAUGCAGCAUUGGCUUUAAAUGAACUUUACAUGUUGGGAUGCCCGAGAAAUGUUCAAGCACCUUUAUUGUCUGCGGAUAUUGGGGAUCCAGUUCCAGCAAGGCGUUUGAAUUUAGCACGGCUUGUAAUGCUUUAUGUUAAAAAGUUUGAGAUAACAAAUCCCGCGGAAGCAAUGCAAUAUUUCUUCUUUUUAAGAAAUCUAAGACAUCCAUCAGGAGAAGAUCUGUUUACAAUAUGUGUAUCAGACCUAGCUAUUGAAAUUCGAGAUUACGCCUUGAUUUUUGGUAAAAUUCAACCAAAUGGCCAAAGAUCUCGCGGUCUUAUUGAUCAAUUCAUAACUACACAAAUUCAGCCGCAAGAUAUUUGUCAGUGCGUUGGGGAACAACUUGUUAAAAAGGGAUUGCUUGAGGAUGCUAUUACUGUAUUCGAAUUAGCUGAGAAUCACAACAAAGUAUUAUCUUUAUACUGCACUUUGUUGUCUCAAGUGGUCCAUCGGCCUUCACAAACCGGUUCAUUGAGAAAUCGUUUGCAAAGUGGUGCUGUUGAAUUCAAAACAAGAAUUGAGAACAGUCAAGCGCUAUGCGAUUCCGGAAAAUUAGCCAGUUUUAAUAAUAUUCUACAAAUAAUGAACUUCUUUGAUGCUUUUCAUAAUGGACAACAAUUGCCAGCUAUGGAGAUUCUGCGUGCAUCUCACUUAUUGCCUUUAACACUGAUCGAAGUAGACGCUUGUGUGCAAACCUUUAAAGAAUUAAGUUCAGAAGUUUGCAGGAUAAUCCCCGAUUUAUUAUUAGCUGCCAUGGAUGUUAUUUACAAUCAAUAUAUCACAAUCAAAACAGACACUAAAGGAACACUUGAUAAAUUAAACCGGGAUAAGCAACUCGAGUAUUACAGAGACCAAGCCAAAGCCUUAACAAACUAUGCUGGAACAGUUCCAUACAGAAUGCCAGGGGACACAAAUCAAAGAUUAGUUCAAAUGGAGAUCUCGAUGUACUGA